GUGGUUUCUCAUCGAUUGGAGGACUUCUUUCCCCACAAUCCUUUGCGGAAGUCUCUUCGCGGCUUUGCGCGGCCGCCGGGCUGCGUGUUCGAAUCCCUGCCUUAGAGAAGAGCGGGCUGAGGGAAGGCCGCCACCGCCUCUCUCCUCCUUUCCCCCUCGGCCUUGUUGACUGCCUUCCUGUGGGCUUGACUGGAGCCGCCAUGAGCAGGCCUCCUGCUCCCCCUCCGUGCCUCAGGGCCUCGAGGAGAAGGCCCCAGGCGCUGCCCGGUCGAGUCCUCUGAAGCCCUCCUUCCCUUCUGGUCCGGGUGAGGCCCUGCGUUCCUUCGGAGACCAUCCACACUGAGGAAUUGCCCCACUUUGACCGCCACAGCUUCAUCCUAUGGGACCCUAGGCUUUGUAGUUCGUUGUGGCACAGGAAGAGAAGGCACUCUUCUGCUGAGAUUUAUUUCUGACCAAGGAUUUGUCCCAGGUUACAAAUUGGCAGCCGCUUUUGGGCAACAUCAUGGAUUGGAACACACAGCUCAGCUCUAUAUUGACCGAAGCAGACAGCAACAUAGCCAAAAUUAAGCAGCGCCUGAAUGCAACCAGCAUAACCUCCAAAGCUGAUUUAUUGGUGGGCAGAAUAAAUACUGAGAGUGCUGGUUUGACUGAGCCACAGACUGGAGCACCACCCCUACAUUUCACAUGUGGAGCUCACCCGUGCUGCAGAAUGGCCACUGAAGAGCUUUCUGCCAUCUCUAAACAACUACAUUCACAAUCUCAGGUAAUAGAAUCCCUUACCCAAGCAGUACAGCGGCUGAAACAGGAGAAGGAUCUACAGCAGCAGAGUAUCAGUCACCUAGAAGGGGAGGUAGAUCGGCUACGGCACAGUUCCCAGGGUGGCUUGGAGUCAGUACUUGGACACAAGAUGGAAGGGUUGAAGAGUGAACUCCGUAGCCUUCGGCAGCAGGUGUUUCAACAGCCUGAUGGCGACUGCACUCCUGAUCCAUUUUUCACCACUGGCAUCAUGCAUGAUAUGCUAGAGAGCAAGAAAGUCCUAUGGCAAGAGUAUGAGUGCAUCAGGAGAGAGGUUGAGCAGCUGAAGCACAAGCUUGAUCGACAAGAGGAAGAUCUGUUUAACCAGACAUCUGCAACACAUGAAAUUAAGAAGACUCAGAAUCAAUACUGUAAGAUGCUAGAAGAUCUGAUGAAUACGCACAAAUCCCAUAUACGGGAUCUGGACAAAGCUAGGAGUGAGACCCAGAGCACCCAGCUGGAACUCAGUCACGUGAAAUCUUCAAUUACCGACCUAAAAGAACAGGUGAAAAGUCUCCACUUGGAGGACAAGCAGUACACUCUGCCAUACAAGGAGAAAAGCAUUCGCCUGAAAAAAAGAAAAGAAGCAUUACACCUAGAUGCCUUGUUCUCUCUCAGUGAUGAUUCAGUCUCAGAGUUCAGCCUGACAGAUGUGAGCUCAGAUGAACUCUUCAGUGAACCAGAGAUUCCACAAUGUGUUGGGAACAAGGUUUCCACGCCAAGCUUGGAGCUGGAGGAAAAUCUUGCUGGAGGAGCCAGUGGUGCCAUGCGGGAAAGUGCAGAACUCAGAAAUGACCUGUCUGCCAGUUUGCCUGAGCUCAACCUGAGUGAACUCACAUAAGAACUGCCUCGUUCUUUCUCAUGUGGAAACAAAUUAAAGGAAGGAGAUACGUAUGGAUUGCUAUUCCCUAUUCUGAGUUGCAUUUUUGUACGGUUGCAAUCUGAGCUAGAAAGAGGACAUUACCUCGGUCUACAGCCUGUGCAGUAGCAGUACACCAAAGUAUUACAUUAAUGCCUGAAAACAUUCAGAAAAACUUCUGGCUCUUUCAGGGCCUUCCAACAUUCCUUUCAGAAAGGAUCUGUUAGACUGCAAGUCCUGGUGUUUGUGGAAUGGAGCUUCCCUCCAAGAACUAGUUGUUCCCAACUCUUGUAAUGUUCAAACAGCUUGUAACCCAAAUAUUGAGGCUGAGGUAUAACAGAAAACACUCUGGAAAUCGAUGCAUCUUAAAAUUACAGACUUCAUUAGUUUGUUCCAUUGUGCAUAUCCAAACAAAGGUUUCUAGUCCUCCUAGUGCAGCAUCCCUAAGUGGAAAGCUGAUAUGAAAGAUACAGUUCUCUGAUGAAACAUGGAACAUAUUACACUUAGUUUAGCUAGCAACUGAACUCAGUAUUGUUCACAAGUUACCAGGAUAGGAUUGGUAAGAUUGGAUGGAUGUUAUCGUAAUUCCCAUAGUAUUCUCUCUCUCUCUCUCUGAGCUGAAAGAAAUACAAUUUUCUUGCCCAUUUCGCUGCCUAGGGAUGUUGCUGUUGGCUUGCUGUUAUUUUCUGCCUCUAUAAAGUACCACUAUGGUAUAGAGGCUGUUCUGUCUGACUUAUCACUCCAGAAUUCUUAUUUAAAAUCUAGUAUAUAAUGACAGGUCUGUAAAACGUUUUCCAGUGUUCUUCCUUUGGAGCACCUACAUUAGGCUUUUAGAUGACAAGAAUAAACAGGCCAAACUUGUAGCUGUUUUAACUGCUUUUUUCUCUCCCUUGCAAAUGCAGACAUGAGAAGCACAAACCUAUUAAAAUUGACAUUGAGUUCCCCCAUCCUUACGUUUAGUUUAUAGCACCUGGGGUUCUUGCAUGUGACAGCAUUUACAUACUGGGCAAAGUUGCCUCUCCCACUCCCUGCAACAGCUUGGGAAAUCUCUUAAAAGAGGAAUCCCUCAAAGAACAGCCUACAGUAAGAGGCAUGUUCAGUUUCUGAGUAAAAGACUUCAGAAGGGAAAAGGAUUAAAGGUGGGGGGCGAGGGGGGAAUUAGCCCAAAGGGGAUUAAAUCAACAGAUGCUCCAUUAUAGUUCAAAGAGUUCUGGCAAGCGGCAGUUGUUCCUAGAGCUUAUUAGUUUGGGGCUACUCAUGACACUGGCUUGUUUGUAGGGCUGGGGAAGUAGAUGACAAGUCUGAAUUCAUGACCCUUGGGCACAACAAAUGUAACUGGUUGCAUUCCAGGGGUAAAUAUUUUAUGCAUUCAUCAACAAAUGUUGACUUUGGUAUUUUACUUUCCAUUGCUGUUCAUGUAUGCAUAUUUUGCUGGAUUUUUUUUUUACUUUUGAUAAAUGGGAAGGGGCUGAGAAGAAAUAAACAAGUUACCCUUGUA